UCCCUCUCUCCUCUCCUCCUCUCUCCCUCUCUCAGUCAAGCCUGCUGUGUGAGCACUUAGAUGGAAUAGCUGCAUUUUUCUUCUGUGGUGUCACUGGAGGAGACUGGAAACAAGGUGGUUGUGAGAGAAAGGGAUAAAUAAGGACCCAGGUCUGGUUUGAUGCCUGGCUUUCUUCACAUCUGAUCCACACUGGAGCGAGCUCCUGGAAGGCAGCGGUGACCGGUCCUAGUUCCUGAGUGGCGGCGCAGUCAUGGGCAGGCCGGAGGUGAAGGCCAGGCCACCUCGGGUGUCAGCUGUGGUUCUCUCCCUCCUGGCUCUCUCACUCCUCCCCACCGAGGUCUCCUGCCUCCCUCAGCCUCUGCCGAGAGUCUUCCUCACAUUCGAAGACCUGCAGGCCUCGCAGUCCUUUGAACACUACAGCAUAUCGGACAAGGCCAUGGACUACCGGAUCCUGCAGAUGGACGAGGACCAGGACAGGAUGUACGUGGGCUGUAAGGACAACGUCCUCUCCAUGGACAUCAACAACAUCACCCAUGGCUCCCUCAAGGUGUUUUGGCCUGCGUCCACCAGCAAGAUAGAGGAGUGUCAAAUGGCAGGAAAAGACCCAACGCACGGCUGUGGGAACUUCAUCCGGGUGGUGCAACCUUACAACAGAACUCAUCUGUUCAUGUGCGGCAGCGGAGCGUACAGUCCCGUCUGCGUUUACGUCAACAGGGGACGAAGACCAGAGGAACAAGUAUUUCACAUCGACUCCAGGACCGAAUCUGGAAAGGGGAGGUGCUCCUUCAACCCUCAAGUGAACACGGUCUCCGUCAUGCUCAACCAGGAGCUGUUCUCAGGCAUGUACAUUGACUUCAUGGGGACAGAUGCUGCCAUCUUCAGGAGCCUGACCAGGCGAAAUGCAGUGCGGACAGACCAGCACAACUCUAAGUGGCUAAGUGAGCCCAUCUUCAUCGACGCCCACCUGAUCCCGGACGGAACAGACCUCAACGACGCCAAAUUGUACUUCUUCUUCCGCGAGAGGCUGACGGACAAUAACGGAAACACCAAGAACAUCCACACGAUGGUGGCCAGAGUGUGUCCAAGCGACAUCGGAGGACAGCGGAGUCUGGUGAACAAAUGGACGACGUUCCUCAAGGCCAGGAUGGUGUGCUCAGUCCUGGAGGAGGACGGCACCGAAACCCACUUUGAUGAGCUCGAGAACGUGUUUUUGCUGGAAACCGAUCAGCCCAAGAGUCUGCUGGUGUUCGGGGUCUUCACGUCCACGAGCUCCGUGUUCAAAGGCUCGGCAGUGUGUGUGUACAACAUGGCCGACAUCCUCACCGUCUUCAACGGGCCCUUCGCCCACAGAGAGGGGCCCAACUUUCAGUGGGUGGCGUUCCAGGGACGCAUCCCCUACCCACGGCCUGGAACUUGCCCCGGCGGAGCUUUCACACCCGACAUUCACACGACCAAGGAGUUCCCGGACGAUGUGGUGACCUUCGUGCGAAACCAUCCGGUUAUGUUCAACGCCAUCUACCCGGUGGGGAGGAGACCCCUGGUGGUUCGCACCAACGCUGACUACAAAUACACGUCAGUGGCUGUGGACCAGGUUAUGGCUGCCGACGGCAACUACCACGUGCUCUUCCUGGGCACAGACAAAGGUACGGUACAGAAGGUGAUCGUGCUGCCCAGAAACCAAUCCCUGCAUGAAGAUCUGAUCCUGGAGGAGCUGGAAGUGUUUAAGAACCAAGCCUCUGUGACCAACUUGAGAAUCUCCUCUAAGAAACAACAGCUGUACGUCAGCUCGGAGUUCGGGGUCUCCCAGGUCUCCCUGCACCGUUGUCACGCUUACGGCUCGGCCUGCGCCGACUGCUGCCUCGCCAGAGAUCCCUACUGCGCUUGGGACGGGCUCAGCUGCUCACGCUUCUAUCCCACCAGCAAAAGGAGGAGCAGAAGACAGGACAUUAUUCAUGGGAAUCCACUCACUCAAUGCAGAGGAUUCAAUCUGAAAGAGUACAGAAACGCAGUGGAGAUGACGCAAUAUGGCGUGAAGAACAACACCACCUUCCUCGAGUGUCUCCCCAAGUCUCCCCAGGCCUCGAUUCGGUGGCUUAUUCAGAGGGACAAUGACCGGAGGAAAGAGGUGAAGCUGAGUGACCGCGUCCUCUCCACGGAUCACGGCCUCUUGAUCCGCUCCAUCCAGCUGUCGGACCAGGGGCUCUACUUCUGCCUGACCACCGAGAACGGCUUCAAACGCACCGUCGCCAAGAUCCGCCUGCGCGUGCUGAGCGAGGCCAUGGUGAGCGUUCUGACGGACAAGCAGCAGUCCCCGUGGGCGUGGGCCACCUCCCUGCACCCCAAGGUCCUGCUGUCAGCCUUCAGUCCUGCAGAGAGCCUGGCCGUGCAGCAGUACUGCAAAGAGAGGAGGGAGCUCCAGAGCCUGCAGCAGAGGCAGCAGCAGCAGCCGCAGCCGCAGCCGCCCGGACCUCUCAGGGGGGACCUGGCCAAACUGAAGCCCCUGCUGGACCGCAGGAAGAGUCGCAACCGGCGGAACCACUUCCCGGACGUCUGACACCAGGAGCUGGCAGCUACACAGACUGACGGGCGAAAGUCUUUCCUCCAAUCCUGUAUCACACCAGGCGGUUACAAAAUCCCCAUUUGCCAACGCUCAUCUCAAAACUGCAGAGCUGCACUGCGGAUGUACAGUCGGACGAGGAGGUGGGUGUGGGGAGCUCUCAUUGGACGGUAUCUCCUGCUGUUGCUCGAGGUGCUGUUACCAGGUGGCGGGGACGUACACCAACACACACGCACAGGCACACGCCACCAAUAAACUCUGAUAUUUAAGGCUGAUAUUUCUUGUGAUAAUGCAACUUGAGACACAACAAUGGUCAGUGAUCUUGUCAUAUCGUACAUUUAGGAGGGGGAAUCAGAAGAGGAUAUUGAAAAAGGGACAAAAGUGAGACAGAUGCAUGUUGGACAGUGAGCUGUCUUUCUCUUUACGGUAGCGUUGUACUAGAUUCUACUCACAUUUGAAUGUUUUGAACUAACAAAAUUCUCUAUUCAGUGAAAUCUCCGGGGCUGUGUGUUUGUGUAGACAUCUUCAGUGACACUCUAAGCACAGGUGACAAGAAUACAAACAGUGCAAGUCAAGAAUAUAUCAGUUUAAAUCAUAGAGUGUGAAUAAAGAUGGAGGACGUGUCUCUAAUUCCUCUCGUUGUAAAAUUCUAAAUAUCCCUGACACGGGUGCCACCAUCUUACUUUUGACGUAAUUGAGAGCACAUACAUCAGUGUGAUAAGAAUUACUUGAAAUGACAGAAACCAUCUUUGAGAAAAAAAUGUGUUUAUCGUGCACCUUGACGUUUUUUAAUUCAGUCCCAUCUGCAAACAUGCGAGAGGCCACCAGGGGGCGAUCAAGGUGAUUUGGCUUCACUGUUGGGGGGAGCUGCCAUGUUGUCCAUCUUUAUAUACAUGCUAUGGCACAAAGACCAAACAGAAAUGGUGGCGAGAUGGUUUGAAAUACAGUGCGAGUUGUUGCACACGUCUCACGCAAUCCGUCCUGUAAUGUAUAAACGUACAUGUACGAGAAUGUGCCUCGAUGUAAUUCGGCUGCGUAAUGUAUUUGUAUCGUACUUUCUCUUUUUCCAGCAUGUUUAUAGAAAUUCAACAAUAAUGUUGAAGUCUUUCAAAGGGAUAGUUGGACAUUUUGGGGGGAAUAUGCUUAUUUCGAGUUAGAUGUUAGAAGAUUGAUACCACAUGCAGUUAAGAAAUCCGCCUACUAGCAAACAACACUUUAAGGUUUUACUCUUGAUUGAAUACCACGAUUUACCAGACUGGAAAUGGCCGAACCCACCACAUAGCUCCCAUGAAACCACUUUCUGUUUUUUGUGCUAGAUUUUUUUUUCCUCUACCAAAGUCAAACCAACAGGUUUUUGACAUUGUUAGUCUUUAUGCUAAGCUAACGUGCUACCAGCUGUAGCUUUAUACCAUACAGACAAGAAAGCAUAUUUCCCCCAAAUGUCAAAUUAUUGCUUCAAUCCUUGCCUGGAUUAGAUUUAAGCAACCAAACUAAGAGGUUUGCACAUUUCUUUGUUUUUGCCUUCAGGUAAAUAAUGUAACGUAGUGUAACACCCGGAAAUACAGUCUACAAUGACCGUUUCCUUCUUUGGAUCCACGUUUUCUCCAGACUGCAGCAAAAGUGGACGUAGGUUUAAUUCCGAAGUAGUAAUUGUCAGUGAGAUUGACAGUUCGACAUAUGUGAAUACACCUUUUUAGGAGCAUAGCUAAUGUACAGUAGAUUAUUGGUCGCUUGUGUACAGAGUUUUUUUUUUGUUUGUUUCAUUCAUCCUGUUAAUUUAAUGUGCUGUGAAGAAUUUCCUUUCACUGUGUAUAUAAAUUCAACAUGUUUCGCCCACUAACUCUGACUGUAUCUGCAAAUUGUGGAGAAAUACAACAUUAUUUUCAUUCUGAGAAAAGACUUUCACUCUAGUUGUGCCGUCCCUCGUUCAGAUCUCUGCUCCGCGUCUAAUAAACCCGCGUCACCACCGACAUGUCCACUUCCGCUCAGUGUAAUGUCCGUGUUAUGUGUUUCUAUUUAUUAAUGUCAUGAUAGCCUGAAUAAACAUGUUCAAAUGAAUCUCAAUUUUAAGGAAAGUCCAUAAAUUUAAUUUUCAGAUUCUUUUUGCUCAAAAUGUGAAUUUUAUAUUUUUGCGUUACAUCACGCAUCUGUCUACGUAUAAUAUUACAUGUCUUAUUAUAUCGUAAAUAAAUAUUUCCAAAUUUUGUGAAAUGCA